GAAUCAACAUGAACUGAAGCGCCGAGAGCCUCACGUUCUAGUCCAAUGCUGCUGCAUCUGACAGAGGGGGGUGAAGAGGGAGGCGUGGGCGUGCACCCGAGCCUCUCCAAAGCCUCGCAUCUUUGAUUUGGUCUUUUAGACGGCGUGGUGGCUUUACGGUGAUCGCUCCUUAUCGUGCUCCACAGAUUUACUCCGCGACUAUUAUUUUUGUUUUAUUUUGUUUUUUCAUCAGCCCAAGGAAAACCGCAGUUUCCUUUCACUUCAGUGUCGCAUAUCGCAGGUAGGAUUUAUUUCACGAAGACGCACAUGUGAGCGGCGCCGCGCGUAAAUUACGCACCGAGAUUUUUCACUUCCACGUCCGAUCCGGACCGCAUAAACUGCACACGGACAUCUACCAAAGUUGACGGAUUUUCACUCGACGAUGGUGGGAGAUUAAUUUGCAUACUGAUCCUGCUAUGAUUCGUUUGGGAGCUAUCUGACAUGGCAAAGAUACUGCCCAUCCUCAAGAGAAUCAUGCUUCUCAAAGUACUGACAUUCAUUCUCUUACAAGGUGUUUUCUCGUCUCAUGAUUUGGUCAAAUCCGAGAUCAACCCUGGAGGUCUCCCAGACUCCAAGGUGUUUGGCUCCGGGGGAUCCACGGGAUCCCAUCUGUCUGAGACCACGAAGUCCAGACAAAAGCGCUGCACCUGUUAUUCCUAUAAGGAUAAAGAGUGCGUCUACUACUGCCACUUGGAUAUCAUCUGGAUCAACACUCCCGAGCGCACCGUGCCGUAUGGCAUGUCCAGCUACAGAGGACCUCAGCGACGCAGACGUGCUGCUGGCGAGCAGCCGCCUGAACACGCGGGGGCAAGGGCACCGCGCUGCGUCUGCACGGAGACUGACGCAGACCACGAGUGCCACGACUUUUGUCUCUCCAGGCCUCUCCAGACUCUGCCAGCCAGGAGCGUCCACAGAGUCCCAGGCCUGGGAUGACCCGCUUAACGACCCUCCAUCUGUCACCCCCCGGGUGAACGGACCCCCCCCUCCUCUUCGGCCCUUCACUCUCCGUCAGACACCUUGCCUCCCCGGGUACGCACAAUCAAGGAAAGAACUUUGGAGUUUAUCACUGCCGACAUUCCUGAGCAUCAUAACUUUUGGAGCAAGUUCCAUCAGGCCAAGCGGUUUCAAGAACUCUUCAGCAAAUUCGAUACAGAUCCCUGGAGGCUAUCCCCCAUUUUUUUGUUCCCUCCUGAACACGAGGAUUACUUUCACCUCAGCAUAACAGCCGGUGGCCAUGCCUAUGUCAAGCGCGAUCUUUCUGCACCUUUUUAUUCGUACCUUAAGGUGUGGACGACACUUGACUCAAUCUCUUGAUUCAAGCUCGUAUCAUUCUAUCGAGGGACUACAAAAUGACUUUUCAGAGAAAAUGCCGAAAAGCAAAAUGGAGCCAUGGAGAGUGGGAGCAAGGUGGGACACUGAGGUAUCAUAUAUAUAUAUAUAUAUAAAAAAACAAAGCUGUCCAAAACAGAGCCACCUGUGAAAUGGCGCAAACUGUAUUACUGAGCUUGGGUACAUAGCAUCGAAAUAAUUCAUAUCGUGACGCUUCUUUCAGCAGCAAUAUGUCGUAUUCAUAGCGCUUUCACCUCACCGCCAUUGACUCGACUCAACUCUGCACUUCCUGUAUGACAGCUUUAUCUGGAGGGAAGUCUGCAGAGAGCAAUCCAUUAUAGCGUUUAGCCCAAAAUCAGCAACUAACAUCAGGUUCUUCAGCUGUUGAAAGCCAUUAAUUGUCUUUAUCUGUAGCAUGUUAAUGGAUAAGGCUGUAAGGCUAAAUAUCCUAUAGUUUUAAACCAACAAUUAAGUCAGUCCGUUGACUGGUAUUCCCUGUGCAGUCAUCGGCAUCACUGUAGUCCAACACAAACAGAUUAAAAUGCCAAAUUAUAAAAACAUACUCCACCAACAGACAUGUGCCUUCAUCACGUACCUCCUACAGGUUAUCAUGAGUGCACCGAACCUAGCUGCAAUCAAUUUGCAAAUGAAAUGUUCCCCAACAAAUGCUGCUAUUUAAGUAACAUUUGUGAAGAACUGCAGUUCUCAGAGGUUUAGGAGCAUCUGCAAGGUACGAUACAAAAUCUGUGACGCUUCAAAAUUCCAGUCUUCAAUGGGGGGGGGGGGUUGAACCUAGUGCCACAGGCAAGGUAGGAAAGAUAAGAACUCCUUCAUAAUAUCUCGUCUUGUAAUGAUGAGCCGCGACGAUAUGAAAAACACGGAUGAAUGGCAGUUUCAUCCCUAAAGUGGAAGAUUUUGCUGAAGAAAAAAAAAGAAGUGAAUACCUGAAAUUGUCUGAGAGGCACCUCAGAAGUACUCCUAAUGUCGCAAGAAAAACGGCGCUACACAGACGUACUACAGGCAAGCUUUUGUGUGGCGUCUCCUCUUUUAGUUGGACAUCAUUACGAAAACUGUUAAAUUAUGCUCCAACUAUGCCGUCUGCUAGAGAAAACAAAAAGAGACAGAGACAGUGUGCCUUUCCACAAAAAUGGAAUUUUAAUAUGAGGAGACGUUUUAGGACAAAACACUUAUGUUUGGCCUUUCCUUUGGGCCUCGUAGUUUAAAGUGGGAUUAAGGAGUUUUUCUGUAUUUACAGGUUCAGGGGGGAAUGUAAUGCGUGCUCUUGUCAUAACUGCCGUGUGUGUGUGUGUGUGUGUGUGAGAGAGAGAAAAAGGGGGAGAAAGAGGGAGGGAAGCAGAAAUGGAAAGAGCAUAAAAAUUGAAAAUGUGUGUUUAUGGAAACUGUUGAUCAUAAAUACAACGUUAGACACAAUGCACAAGAAUCUUGUUUACUUAAAAAAAAAAAGCUAUUUUUUUGUGUGAGUAACACACGCGUUUCUGAUGCGGCGAGUCAUCGCAGUGUUGGAAAAGUUUUACGGAGGAUACCCAAGAAAACGACAACGAUCGUAACCAUGGUCUCACAAAUGUACAGCUACGGAUUACAACAGCUGCCUUCUCACUGUGUAUACUGUGUAUAUUAUGUAUGUAUGACAUGUAUGUAGAUUUAAAAAUCCCAUAUUUUAUAUAUUAAUACACCAAGACAUAUGUAUGGGCAAUAUAAAGGGAAUGUGUACGCUGCAAGUCAAAAGUAUGGGCACACCUUCUAAUUUAAUUCAGUGAGAAAGAGUGUCCAAAGAUUCGACUGGUAGUGUACAUGGAAUUAGAGGUGGAGGAUUUUUAUUAUUAUCUGUAAUAACACUUGUAUUUAUAUAUAACAGUAUGUUUUCUCAUUCGCCAGCUUGUAAUAGCGGUUUCAGUGACUUUUUCUCUCUUUGACUUGCACCUUAAAGCAUUCGACUAGAAUCUAUUUUGACAUUAUUAGAGUCUAACCUGUCAUGUACUUUUCAUUAAAACCUUUGAGAUUACAGAAAUUUGCAGGCGAUGCAUCGAGGAGCAUUAAGCAGUGGCGUUCCUUAGUUUCCGGGGGACCCUGGGCGAUCAGACCCACCCCACCCCACCCUUUGCUUUUUGUUCAUACAAAAAUGACACAGAGACAUUCCUCUCUUUUCCUUUUGAUUCCAAUCAUAUUUGCCUGCAGUUUAAAUACUUUUUGUUGAAAGUAACUCAGACUGCAUGCAGCUUAAAUAAGCACCCAGACUUAAGAAGACUACCGCUCUUUUUAUGGGAAUGUCUGAGUUUAUCUGGUCUGGAGAAAAUUUGUGGUUUAAUACGGAGAGACAACGGAGAGGAGCUGUGUAACGGUGGAAUUUUAUUGUCUACGGGGUGUGUAUGAGGUCAACCACAGCAUUUUAACCUCCAUUUACCCUAAGCUACUUGCUCAAAGCUAUAUACUGUUUUGAGCGGAAUUUAUGAUCAACACUUCAGACGAACCGCUAGCGUAUCAGAUCAUGAGCGUCUCUGGGCUACCUCUACUGUUAAACUUUAUCACCCAUGUGGGUCUGUUAUGCAGCACAGUCAUAAAUUUUAAAUGUCUGCCUGUAAAACAAAAUUUAAAUAAUUUAUUUUAUUAUUUUUUUUACCUUGCCAUGAGGCAACAACUGAACAAAACAUAACAAAAACUUGCACAAUCCAAUACAAAAGUAUCGUAGAGACGUUUUGUGAAACCGAAACUAGCUGCGGUUUCAAAUGAUUUUCCGCUUAUAAUAAGUUCAUUAUCUUGUUAUCUUGAGACAGCAAAGUCAUUUUUCUUUUCAUAACGGGAUACCAAUCUACUAAUCAGCGGAAAACUAAAUAUUGUUCGAUUUUGAUCAUGAACUCAUUUUCUAAUUUGGGAAAAUGUGUUUGUGUUAUGUCAAGAUAAGGAGAAAUAACAUCCCGUUGUUACAAGAAACCAAAUGUUGUUAACAUGAGAUUUUGAGAUUUAUCUGGACGGAACAGAUCUCUAUUAUAAAUAGCUCCAUCUAUAGUCACUUUAAAAAUAUAUAUAUAUAUGUGUGUGUGUACAUCAGUUACGUUGCUGUCAUUUGCAUUUCUGUCGUCAAGGCACCUCUUAAAGAAUGUCAGAUCAGCUGGGCCCUUUGAAACCUUAAUAACACCCAUCAUCCUGGAAUGUCACGCUAAGUCCACCCUAAAUAAGCCUAUCCUGGAGCCUCUGUGUAAACCUUCCCACAGUACACCCUGGGAAAUAUGUCCACGCAGACAUCCUGACCGUGCAACGGCAGGUUCAAGGCCCCUGCUGUGGCUUACAGUUUGUUGUUUGUGUUCUGGUUGAUUAAAUGAAAAGACCUCACGUACCACAAGGUGAACUUUUGCUUGUUACAGACAAUUGGAGCAACAACAAAGACUGCCCCCGUCACACAAGUGUAUCCAGAUAGAAUAAUACCAUGUGGGUAUUUUGCUUAUUGUGCAUACUGCUGUGGAUUUGAGACAUAAAACAUUUAGCACUAGCAUCUGCAACUAUCCACUGCAGCGUAUUAUGCUUGGUCUGUGGUGUGUUAUGCCAAUUGUAAAAGACCUGAUAUAAUAUUUUCAUUCUCAAAGACCUAAUAACUGUUUCUAAUAGUGUGUGUCUUCAGGUCAUUGGUUCAGGUACCACCCCCAUAUUGUAAGUCUUUUUUGAAGUAAAGCUUGUUCUUAACAAAAUGCAAUGUAAUUAGGAUGCAUUAAAGUCUUUUGUCCUUUCAUUGG